AUGGGCGUCCCUCAUGUCACUCCUCCCACGACUGAGUGUGGUCUGGAAGUGCUUGCCGCGACAACAUGCCAUCCAUUGUCGCCGUCACAUUCGUCACCAUCUACGAGUAAUAUUGCAACGAUAGGGACGCCUUCAAAUGACGCAAUAGAACGUGUAGAGCCGGCAACUGUGUCUGGGGACGCUGAUACAAAUGACUCGUUGGCAUUGGAUUUCCCUAUCUCGUUUUCACAGGAUCCAAGUAGUGAUUUCCAGGUUAACGAAACCCUGAAUUUGUCGGAUAUACUCAACGUCGAGCUAGAGUCAGGAUGGAAUUCUUGGCUGAUGGACGACAACUUCGACUUGGAUGCCUUGAACUCGUCCUUAUUGCAAGCCACUACUGGAGACUUCAUGACUGUUGAUCGGAUGCCGGAUGAGGGUCCGCUUGCCACUGGAUCAUUUAGCGUUGACCAACAGGCAACGAACGCGGCAUUGGCGCCUAGUGGGGAUGAAAUAACAGAGAAAUGGCACACCUACUGUGGGCAGGCCACGUCGGGCGUCAUAUCCCCAGAUCCAGCGAAUGACUGCAAUCAAAUUGACGAGUCUUAUCGCCACGAGCUCGCUAAGCGUCUUCAGCAACGUUUGCAAGCCGGUAUUCUUCCUUCAACCACUUUCCUAGUAAGAUCUACUACUUUCAUUCUUUGUGUGCCAUCACCCGGUCUCCGAAAGUGGUACAAAGGCGGAAGGAGGGAAAUUUUAAGGAAUUAG